ACUUGCUUGGGAUCCUAAAUUGAGGAACAGCUGUGCUGAGCCCGGAGGUCCUUCGGGGGCUUGGGUGCUGCAGCCGAGGGGCCUCUUGAUUUUGAGCCCAUUCUCGAAAGAGCUCUGUGCCCUCCCCGAGCACGGUGGUCAUCCUUCUAGGGCUCAGGGGGCAGCAACUCCAAGGACCUCGUCUUCCCUCCAGACGUUUUCAUGGCGCAGUUCGUGUUUGAGAGUGACCUGCAUUCCCUCCUUCAGCUGGAUGCGCCCAUCCCCAAUGCACCCAUCGCGCGCUGGCAGCGCAAAGCCAAGGAGGCUCCGGGGCCAGGACCCUCCCCUAUGCGGGCCGCCAACAGGUCCCACAGCGCGGGCAGGACCCCAGGCCGAACUCCGGGCAAAUCUAAUUCCAAGGUUCAAACCACCCCUAGCAAACCUGGAGGUGACCGAUAUAUCCCCCAUCGCAGUGCUUCCCAGAUGGAGGUGGCCAGCUUCCUCCUGAGCAAGGAGAAUCAGCCCGAAAACAGCCAGACACCCACCAAAAAGGAGCAUCAGAAAGCCUGGGCUUUGAACCUGAAUGGUUUUGAUGUGGAGGAAGCCAAGAUCCUUCGACUCAGCGGAAAACCACAGAAUGCCCCAGAAGGCUACCAGAACAGACUGAAAGUACUCUACAGCCAGAAGGCCACACCUGGCUCCAGUCGCAAGACCUGCCGUUACAUUCCUUCCCUACCAGAUCGGAUCCUGGAUGCCCCUGAAAUCCGAAAUGACUACUACCUGAACCUUGUGGAUUGGAGCUCUGGGAAUGUACUAGCUGUGGCCCUAGACAACAGUGUGUACUUGUGGAGUGCAAGUUCUGGUGACAUCCUGCAACUGUUGCAAAUGGAGCAGCCUGGAGACUAUGUAUCCUCUGUGGCCUGGAUCAAAGAGGGCAACUACUUGGCUGUGGGCACCAGCAGUGCAGAGGUGCAGCUAUGGGAUGUUCAACAGCAGAAACGGCUCCGAAACAUGACCAGUCACUCUGCAAGAGUGAGCUCUCUAAGUUGGAACAGCUAUAUCCUGUCCAGUGGCUCACGCUCCGGCCAUAUCCACCACCAUGAUGUCCGGGUAGCAGAUCACCACGUGGCCACACUGAGCGGCCACAGCCAAGAAGUGUGUGGGCUGCGCUGGGCCCCAGAUGGACGACAUUUGGCCAGUGGUGGCAACGAUAACUUGGUCAAUGUUUGGCCUAGUUCUCCUGGAGAGGGUGGCUGGGUUCCUCUGCAAACAUUUACCCAGCAUCAGGGCGCUGUCAAGGCUGUAGCAUGGUGUCCUUGGCAGUCCAAUAUCCUGGCAACAGGGGGAGGCACCAGUGACCGACACAUUCGCAUCUGGAAUGUCUGCUCUGGGGCCUGCCUGAGUGCUGUGGAUGCACAUUCCCAGGUGUGCUCCAUCCUCUGGUCUCCACACUACAAGGAGCUCAUCUCAGGCCAUGGCUUCGCCCAGAAUCAGCUGGUUAUUUGGAAAUACCCAACUAUGGCCAAGGUGGCUGAGCUGAAAGGUCACACAGCUCGGGUCUUGAAUUUGACCAUGAGUCCAGAUGGGGCCACAGUGGCUUCAGCAGCAGCAGAUGAGACGCUGCGGCUAUGGCGCUGCUUUGAAUUGGACCCUGCGCGGCGGCGGGAGCGGGAGAAGGCCAGUGCAGCUAAAAGCAGCCUUAUCCACCAAGGCAUUCGUUGAAGACAAACCAAUCACCUCUGUUUUUUAUUUUUCUAAUAAAGUCAUGUCUCCCUUUC